UCCCUCUUACCCAUUUCCUCGAUCUCUCUCUGGGCGGAUUCUGUGUGCUCUGCCCUCUCUCAAUCUCUGGCUCGCUAUCUAUAAGUGAGAUUUAGGAAAGAUGGGGCUUUCAUUCACUAAGCUUUUUAGCCGUCUUUUUGCCAAGAAAGAAAUGAGAAUUCUCAUGGUGGGUCUUGAUGCUGCUGGUAAGACCACCAUCUUGUACAAGCUCAAGCUUGGGGAGAUUGUCACCACUAUCCCUACAAUUGGGUUCAAUGUGGAGACUGUAGAAUACAAGAACAUAAGCUUCACUGUCUGGGAUGUUGGUGGUCAGGACAAGAUUCGACCAUUGUGGAGACAUUAUUUCCAAAACACUCAAGGCCUCAUCUUUGUGGUUGAUAGCAAUGAUCGUGACCGUGUGGUUGAAGCUAGGGAUGAGCUGCAUCGGAUGUUGAAUGAGGAUGAAUUGAGGGAUGCUGUGCUACUUGUGUUUGCUAACAAGCAAGAUCUUCCAAAUGCUAUGAAUGCUGCUGAAAUUACAGAUAAACUUGGUCUUCAUUCGCUACGUCAACGCCACUGGUAUAUCCAGAGCACCUGUGCCACUUCUGGUGAGGGCCUCUAUGAGGGACUUGACUGGCUAUCUAACAACAUUGCUAACAAGGUAUGGUCAUAAUAAUUUGUUGGAAGUGA